UAUGUCGUUUUAACACUAAUACUACCAGUAUGAUUUUCCCUUUUAUGUAAAAGUCUAAUAAUUUACUCUCUUAUGAGAGUUUCGGACUGACUAUCUUGCCUCAGAUUUUGGAGGGUGGUGGGCAGGCGAUUGAUUACCUCAUUUCCUUAUGACUUUAAUACUAGUUUCGUACUCUAUAGUUUUUGCCUUGGGAUAUACCCUUGCUGCUGUUCAGUCUAAUGGUCUUGCCUCUGCUGCCAUCUUGUGGCCAUUUUUUGGUUUGAAUGUCAAAAGUUCACUCGACUUUGAAAAGUUUUUGUUUUUCCCUUUGGGGAUGGGUACAUUAUCCUUUGGAGAGGGGUUUUUCUUCUAGGACCAUAAAGUGAAAACCCAGCGGAUUCUGGAAGGUGUUCAGGAUUCCCCAGCUACACCAUCGAUGAGGAAAUGGGGUGACAGCUUCCCUUCCAUAUCCAUCAAGCAGAGAUAAUACCUGCCCUCCUCUACCCCAUCCCAUGGUGGGGGGGUACAGCAUGUCCUUUGUGUAAUGGCAGUUUCAAAGUAGGUGUUGACAACUUGCUACUAAUUGGGCCUGAGGAACUGCCUCCUAUGCACCUUGAGAGGCAAGUAAUUUUCUGAAAAGGUUUUGUUUGCCCUAAUAUUCAGUUGGUCUGUGAGAUCCUGGCUACAAAACGGCACUUGAUGCCAUUUUGAAACAUCUUUAUUUCUGUACUUUUGCAUGUAAGCCUGGGACAAGUGAAGCUUGGAGUCAUAUAGAGUUUUUCUCCCCACAUAAAGGUGGCUUUGAUCUUUCAUUUUACAACUGAGGCAAGCAAUCUAGUUACAUUGAUUCCAACAAGGUGAUAGGCAAGUGGCACCUUGGGCAAAUACUGAGAUUGUCCAUUGUUGCCUAGGCAAGCUUCAGUGGAGCAGCCUAUAGAUUAGAAAUGCAAUCUGGCCUCAGGAGUAACUCACACACAUCCCCUUUACUUACUUUCCCUCUGCCUGUCUUCCAGAUGGUCUAUUCAGCAGCCUAAUAAAAAGACAUGCCCAACGGCCAAAACCUGUAGGCUAUUCUGGCAUUGGAUUUGAUAAAUGAAUCUUUGAGAAAAGUUUGCCUACAUUUUUGGAGGCUCAACCGAAUCACAACACUCCUCCUAGUCCUUCACCCCUCUAGAGUCCUAGUGUUCAGCCUGGUGGCCAAUUUUAAAAGUGGGAUCAGCAGUGCUAAAUGGAAAAGACUAUUUGUGGCUUAACCUUGGUUUUCCAGUGUGUCUCAACAAGAGAGCUAGGGCCUGUUGAUUCAGUAAAGUGUUAAAAAAAAAAAAAAAAAAAAAAAAAAAACUUCAUGGACCUCUCAGCACCUGGAAGAAAUUGCCUAACUUUUUCCCUGCUUUGUUAAAUCCAUUCUGAUUGUGUCCUGAGGAAUUCUAAAUUUAUGAGGUAAGGUAUCUUGUCAUUGCUUGGAAUAGUAAUUUGUGAGCCCUCAGUCCUAUUUCGGUUGGGCUAUGUUCCAAAAUCCAAUCUUUGCCUGCUAUGGAUAUAACAAAAAUGUCCUCAGACAGCAGAAAAUAAUGCUACUCUCUUUUACAUUAAAAAAAUAGAGGGGAAAUAAGAACUUUCGUGUGGGCAGCUGUAUCAUCCAGCAGUAGUUAAUUCAAACUUGAAUUUUUCUGAAUACAACCUUCCUGAGGACACAACCCUUGCAGGCAAUAGCAGUUUUGGACUUUUGGCUUGCCUGAGUAUGAAGGAAGGAAAUGGUCCUUUAAGCCAGUGUGACAGCGUAAUGGUUACUCUCCAGGGGACCUACAGUGCCAGUAUGCAAAUGAUGCAUAAUUUUAAAAAGUAAAAUGUAUUAUUCUCAAUAGCGUUCGCUCACUGAGAAAUGAGGAUCUAAAGACAUACUCCCCAAAUCAUUCUGCUCUUGGUUAUCUUGGAACUAGUAUGCUCCUACAGGAUUAUGUAUUUAAGUCUCACUGCCUGGGAGUAGUCACAUCCCGUUAUUUCUUAGAAAGUUUCAUAUCAGGUCUUUAGCUCAUGAAUGUUCUACAGUAACUAAAAUUGAGACGUGUAUGCCUGUAGAAAUUUCCUUUCCCAUCAGUUUCUCUGAAUCUUGAUAUGAACUGUAAUAUGUUACUAGUCUCCAAGUAGUUCGGUUCUUCUGGCCUGCAAAUGCUUUGUGUGCUCUUUAAUUAUAGAUAGAUAUCUCCGACCCCCAGCCCCCAUGCAAUUUCACAGAUUUUUCAAAGAUAUCAGAAAUAUUUGUGCAAGAACUUGAUGUGGGAAGGGAGAUGUCUGGAUGCUUUUUGUCUAAAAGGGGCUACAAAGAAAAGCUGCAUGGGGCUCUGACAAGUAGCUAACAAGGUUUUGGGACUGGGCCUGCAAGUAGAUUGAGCCCCUUUGGGGGGCAAUUCGAAGGAUUCAUCUUUUUCUUAUAAAAAUAAAGUCUUGGGAAUCUUGGAUCCCACAGAAUUGUUUGUGGGGAAAUAGAUGGCACAAACUCACUGUGUCUUAAGAAAGCCAAGGAUAACAGGUAAAAUUCUUAUUCUUGAAAAAACGAGAUAGAAUUUCCAAGAAAGAAAUAUUCUUCCUCCAAGGAAGCCGCUUCUGGAGAGGCAUAUUGGCAGCCCAAACUAUUUUAGGACAUUUGAUGGACAGGGAACAUUUAUCUGAGGAUGUUGGAAGCUAACAUUCUUCGUGAGGUAACAUUUUCUGUAGGAAUUCCAUCUACAAUAAUUUUUAAGAAGAAAACUUAGGGGAGCUUGUCUGGCUCAGUCAGUAGAGGGUGUGACUCUUGAUCUGGAGUCAAGAGUUUGAGCCCCACAUUGGGCAUAGAGCUUUUUUUUAUUUUAUUUUAUUUUAUUUUUUAAUUUUUUUUUUUAACGUUUAUUUAUUUUUGAGACAGAGAGAGACAGAGCAUGAACGGGGGAGGGGCAGAGAGAGAGGGAGACACAGAACCGGAAGCAGGCUCCAGGCUCCGAGCCAUCAGCCCAGAGCCGGACGCGGGGCUCGAACUCACGGACUCACAGACCGUGAGAUCGUGACCUGAGCUGAAGUCGGACGCUUAACCGACUGAGCCACCCAGGCGCCCCCAUAGAGCUUUAAAAAAAAAAAAGAGGAAGAAAACUUUUAGUUCAGCAAGCAAUGAUUUUUUUUUUUUUAAUGUUUAUUUACUUAUUUGGGGGAUGGGGGAGGGGCAGAGAGAGAAAGAAUCCCAAGCAGUUGUCCUUGCUGCUAGCGCAGAGCCCAACAUGGGGCUUGAACUCUGAACCGUGAUACCAUGACCUGAGCCGAAAUCAGGAGUCAGAUGCUUAACUGACUGAGCCACCCAGGUGCCGCUCAGCAAGCAAUUAUUAAAAUGUCCUCCUGGUACCCCCAGUGACAGUCUUAAAUAUUUAUGGAGCAUUUCUUUGUGUUAGGCCCUGGGCUAGGGAUGUAGCCCCUGACCUUGAGGAACCCUGCAAGGUGGAGGUGAGGGGCAAGUCAGCCAGCGGUUAUCAUACAGAGUGAUGAGGUCUUUGCUGAAAACCUGUCAGACCAACUACCGAAUACCUUCACGUCAGAGAAAAAGCAGUCUACUCUUUGAGAAAACUCAGAAAAAGUUCCAUAGGUGGCAUCAAAUGAGAUAAUGACCUAUUAAAUGUACAUGUGUUUAUGUAUAUCUUUACCUUGACUUGGAGUCAAAAGUCAUCCAAGCCAGACUCUUAAGGGCGAACUCAUCACACUUCCAUGAGAUAGGUAUUGUUGUUAUCCCCACUUUACAGAUUAAGAAAGAGAUACACAGAAUCGGAGAUUUGCCCAAAACCACAGAACUUGUAUGGGAGCUGGGGCAGGCCAUGACUAGGCCCUAGCCAGUUUGACUGCAGAGCUCUCAGUCUUACUGGGCAGACAAGGACCACUAAGUGAAAGGAAAUGUGUAAUGUGUAAACAUGACCACUUUAGCAUGUGGUUGGCAUGUAUGAGAUUUUAAGCAUUGGGGAGUAAGUUUUAUUCCUAGCUAAAAGCUCUGGUAUUACAGAUGAGAUAAUACCAAGCUUUUGGUUAAGUACCCAGGAGCUUGUCUUAGUGUUAAACCUCUGCUGCCACUAGGACACAAAAGGAGCACCUUUGCAUUCAACAAAGCAGUGUUUUUGAACAUCUCCUGAGUGCUUUCUUUGAAUGGUUAGAGUCAGCUUCCUAUUUCACAUGUAGUCUGGUGAAGAUGCCCAUGAUUAAUAGUUUCUGUUUAGUUCCCAAACACUUUCGGCCCAACAGAUAUCCCCCUACCCCUGCCCCAGGUAACUGCUGUCUUCAGUUUCUCAUCUACUUCAAGCCUUCACCUUGGAGUCCUUGCUCCAAAAUGUGGCCUUUGUGCUACAGCUACCCAAGGUCCCCCUUGCCCUGUUUAUCCUUUUCCUUUCUGGCUCCAGUGGACCCCGGGGAAGGGUGACCUUAUUAAAGACUCUUUGAAACAAAGUUGUCUGUCAUCUCUUUAGAGACACCUCUCCCCCUCUCUACUGGUAACUCAAAAAGGAACUGUCUCUGCUAUCCACUCCUCCCACCAUCCCUGGAGAAAGGACAGGUUGGAGUAAUAACACGUGGUCAUUGCUUGGGGUGAGCAGCUAGCUAGCUGCUAUAGUGAUUGGAUAGUGCCAGUUCUCAUCCCACCUCCCUGCCAUGAACAGCUGACUGGCUUCUAGGAUGGGGGGGAGGUAGACACGUAAAAAAUUGCUCAGGACCCUCCAUUCUGUGUCUCUUUCAACUUUGGCUUUGUUGUCUUCCUUUAAUCAUUUUUCACUCCCAGCUCUGCUGUUUCCCUUCCAUCUAUUCUCUGGAAUCUUCCAAGCAAGCCGCUGUAACUUUGUAUGCCCUCUCCACCCAGCCCCCUCCCCCUCCUCCUGGGAAGACAAGGAGAGCGCACCCUCUCCCUGUGGGGAUAGGCCUGGGUAGCUGUUGUAACCUGAGAAAAGAAGGAAAAAGGCCAGGCCUAUUGAGCCAGCAGUGAGCUCCCUGUGGCCUGCCAGAGGAUAAGAACCUUGCUCACUCAGCGCCCUCCCUUUUUUCUUUCCCCUCCCCUGCUGCAGCAGGGCCCUCCCCCAUCCGCACACACGGGCUGCUGGGUAAGUGGCAAGAUGGCUCCCCUGCAUGUCUCCGGCUGAUCGCCGCCGCUCCGCCAAUACAAUAGAGCCAGCCACUACCAGCAGCCUGGCCCUCUUCCUCCUCCUUCUCCAGAGAGACCAAUCCAGCCGAACUCGGGGUUUGCCUGAGGAGAAGGAGGAAGUGACCAUGGACACAAGUGAAAACAGACCUGAAAAUGAGGUUCCAGAACCCCCCGUGCCUAUUGCAGACCAAGUCAGCAAUGAUGACCGCCCAGAGGGCAGUGCCGAAGAUGAGGAGAAGAAAGAGAGCUUGCUGCCCAAAUCAUUCAAGAGGAAGAUCUCCGUUGUCUCAGCUACCAAGGGGGUGCCAGCUGGAAACAGUGACACAGAGGGGGGCCAGCCUGGUCGGAAGCGGCGUUGGGGAGCCAGCACAGCCACCACACAGAAGAAGCCCUCCAUCAGUAUCACCACUGAAUCACUCAAGAGCCUCAUCCCCGACAUCAAACCCCUGGCGGGGCAGGAGGCUAUUGUGGAUCUUCAUGCUGAUGACUCCCGAAUCUCUGAGGAUGAGACAGAGCGUAAUGGUGACGAUGGGACACAUGACAAGGGGCUGAAAAUAUGCCGGACUGUCACCCAGGUAGUACCUGCCGAAGGCCAAGAGAAUGGGCAGAGGGAAGAAGAGGAAGAAGAGAAGGAGUCCGAAGCAGAACCCCCUAUACCUCCCCAGGUUUCAGUAGAGGUGGCCUUGCCCCCUCCUGUGGAGCACGAAGUAAAGAAAGUGACUUUAGGAGAUACCUUAACUCGACGUUCCAUUAGCCAGCAAAAGUCUGGAGUUUCCAUUACAAUUGAUGACCCAGUCCGAACUGCUCAGGUGCCCUCCCCACCCCGGGGCAAGAUCAGUAACAUCGUCCACAUCUCCAAUUUGGUGCGUCCCUUUACUUUAGGCCAACUAAAGGAAUUGUUGGGACGGACAGGAACUCUGGUGGAAGAGGCCUUCUGGAUUGACAAGAUCAAAUCUCACUGCUUUGUAACGUACUCAACAGUAGAGGAAGCAGUUGCCACCCGCACAGCUCUACAUGGGGUCAAGUGGCCCCAGUCCAACCCCAAAUUCCUUUGUGCUGACUAUGCUGAGCAAGAGGAGCUGGAUUAUCACCGGGGCCUCUUGGUGGACCGUCCCUCUGAAACUAAGACAGAGGAGCAGGGGGUACCACGGCCCCUGCACCCCCCGCCCCCACCCCCAGCCCAGCCACCACAGCAUCCCCGGGCAGAACAGCGGGAGCAGGAGAGGGCGGUGCGGGAACAGUGGGCAGAGCGGGAACGGGAAAUGGAGCGGCGGGAGCGAACUCGAUCAGAGCGUGAAUGGGAUCGGGACAAAGUUCGAGAAGGGCCCCGCUCCCGAUCACGGUCCCGUGACCGCCGCCGCAAGGAACGUGCGAAGUCUAAAGAAAAGAAGAGUGAGAAGAAAGAGAAAGCUCAGGAGGAACCACCUGCCAAGCUGCUGGAUGACCUUUUCCGUAAAACCAAGGCAGCUCCCUGCAUCUAUUGGCUCCCGCUGACUGACAGCCAGAUUGUUCAGAAGGAGGCAGAGCGGGCCGAACGGGCCAAGGAGCGGGAGAAGCGGCGAAAGGAGCAAGAGGAGGAAGAGCAAAAGGAGCGGGAGAAGGAAGCAGAGCGGGAAAGGAACCGACAGCUGGAGCGGGAGAAGCGUCGAGAGCACAGCAGAGAGAGGGACAGGGAAAGAGAGAGGGAAAGGGAGCGUGACAGGGGUGAUAGAGAUCGGGAGAGGGAGAGGGACCGGGAGCGAGGCAGGGAGAGGGACCGCAGAGACACCAAGCGCCACAGCAGGAGCCGGAGUCGGAGCACACCUGUGCGGGACCGGGGCGGGCGCCGUUAGCUGGGAAAACUUGAGAGGGAGAGCUGCAGGCAUCAGCCACCCUGCCCUGGGGGGUUCGAGGCCACAGAGGGAUAGGUACAAUCUCUACCACCCUAUAACCAGGGGUCUUUCACAUCUUUUACCCAGUGCUGAAGUAUGGCUGCCACCUGUCCCCACAUACCAAAUGGAGUAGUGGCCAUCUUUCCCCCCCCCAAAGCCCCACCCCCAUAACCUAUCUCUUGGGAGUUUGCCCUCUUCUCCCUCUCAUUUCCCAUGUUAAAUCUGAGAGGGAAGAGCUAGGUUAGGGAGGGAGGUGGUUGGCCCAGAGGUGGGGAACAGCCAGAAGCCCCACACCUCUUUCAUUUUUCCUCCAUCCUGCUCACCACCUCCUUUGGGUACUCACACCCCCCUCUUGGGAACAGCCGGGGCCAGGACUGGGUCACCUAUGAGCUGAAUCAGCAUCUCCUCCUGAGUCCCAGGGCCCCUGCAGUUCCCAGUCUCUUCUGUCCUGCAGUCCUUGCCUCUUGCCCACCGGUUCCACUUUAUAUCCACCUUUUCCUUUUGUUCAAUUUUUAUUUUUAUUUUUUUUAUUAUUAAAUGAUGUGGUCUAUGGAAAAUAAUAAAAAUCUGACUUAGUUUUAA